CUGAGCGUCACGUGACCGAUUUUCCAUCCUCGCCAUUUUGCAAUGUGGGUGAGAGACAUGGGCCACUUUUUAUGGCUAACGAAUAAAACAAACUGUUUUAUGUGCUGAGGACAAAGUGCGUCGCGGCCUCCGGGUGUCGGUCAUGGAGAUCAGUGAUGGAACGGUACUCAUGACACACCCCUCCACCGCCCCCUCCUCUUCCUCUGCUAGGGCAACACAACAAGGUUCCAGCCCAACACAGCGGGGGGUAAAGGAAGACGCGUCCCAAAGUCGUCAACAAAAACAACCUUCUGAUUCUCUCAUCCAGGUCAUUGAGAAGCUCAGUAAGAUCGUGGACAAACGGCCCCAGCGACGCUGCAUCUCAGCGGGACAGAAAAGGGCGCUGUCAAAAACGGCAGCGGAAGGAGUUGAGGAGAGAAGGAGGGAGAGCAGAGGAGGCUCUCCUUAUAAGAAAAUUAAAAGGAACUGUAAGGGGCUAGAGAACAUAGAGGAGGUAAGAUUGGAUCUUUCUCCUCCUGUGUCAGGUGACAGUAACAACAACAGCAUACCUUCCACGGUCACAGAGGUCGCCAGAGAUGCCUACACACACGACCACAAGCGGACAGUGACAUGUUACCAGUGCAGCCUGUGCCCGUAUCUCUCCCAGACACUGUCCUUACUGAAAGAGCACCUGACGCAGCACAAUGAGCAGCCCAGCGACUUCAUCCUCAUGUGCUCUGAAUGUCACUUUACCUCCAAAGACCAGGGUCAGCUGGAGGAACAUGUCAGGCAACAUUUCGAGAGCAGAGAAGGCCUAAAGGCAAGUUCCAUCCCUUGUGACGCAUACAGCAAGGAGAAGGAAGACGCUUUAAGUAGGAAAGAUAGGAAUUGGACAGGAAGCGGCGCCAGUGUGGGAACCAGUAUAUUUCAAAACUCCGCAGACAGCUCCAAGGAGCUACCACAGAAGAAGAAAUGGUAUACCUAUGAAGAGUAUGGUUUGUACCGCUGCCUGAUCUGCAGCUAUGUGUGCGGUCAGCAGCGAAUGCUCAAGACCCACGCCUGGAAGCACGCUGGCCUGGUGGAUUGCUCCUACCCCAUUUUUGAGGAUGAAGGUGAGGCUCCAGCUAAGAAAGAAGCACAGGCUGCAGCAAACUCUGUCGCAGCCAGAGAAGAAAUAGUCCUUCUUUCACCCGUCGUUCAAAAUAAGAGCCUGCAACCUCUCCCUGCUAACUUCAAACUCCAGCUCUGUGUUCCAUUAGCUGUUGACGGUAAACAGAAUGUGUUGAAUGAGCCAGUUUCUACUCUCAGUGAAACUCCAAAAACAAAAGAGGAGGACAGUGUCUACCAAAUUAAAGAGGAGCCAGUGGUGGAGGUGCAGGUGAUGACAGAGGCCGUAAACGAGGUUGAAAUUGAGAAUCACCAGGACGACAGCUUAUUGUCAUCAGCUCAGAAGAUUAUUAACAGCAGUCCCAACAGUGCCGGUCACAUCAACGUGAUUGUAGAACGGCUUCCCUCUGCUGAAGACACAGUCAUGGCAACUAACCCACUUCUCCUCAGCCCAGACGUGGACAGGGGCAAGAGCUUAUUGGAUGCAGAAGAGGAAGGGCGGCCCCGUGUGGGAGCUGUAAAGGCCGAGGGCCUCGAUUGCAGUGCAGGUAGUACUACUGACGGCCAGCCUUUAGGAGCUGAUAACAAAUCCUCUGGUUGUCUAAAUAGCAGCUUUCCAAGGGAUGAGAACAUUCCCCCAGCUGGCCGCAAAAGGACUCAUUCUGAGUCUCUCCGCUUGCAUUCACUGGCUGCUGAGGCCUUGGUAGCCAUGCCUAUGAGGACUGCCGAGCUUCCCUGCACCGAAGUAAACCGGAAGACCAUUUCAGCCCAAACCCAGAGCCCAAGCGUGGGCCAGAAACAUGCAGCAGCUAAGGAGAAGGCAGCUGACAUAGGGCCAGCAGCAACUGUGUUGGACUUGAAGCUUCAUAGCCCAGGGGAGGGAGAUGAAGAGUGUCCUACCGCUAAAGCUGGCAUCAGCCUGUCGCUGCUCACUGUCAUUGAAAAACUCCGAGAGCGCUCAGACCAGAAUACCUCUGAUGAGGACAUCCUAAAGGAGCUCCAGGAUAACGCUCAGUUCCAAAAUGGAGCCGUGACCGAGGUGGUCACAGGGAACGGGGCUGGGAGCUACGUGUGUAGCAUCCCAGAUGAUGGGGCGCUACACACUGACGGAGGCCUAAUCGACUACAUACCCGGCAGCGAGAGGCCGUACCAGUGCCGCCUGUGUCGCUACAGCAGUGGCAAUAAGGGCUACAUCAAACAGCACCUCCGCGUUCAUAGACAGAGGGAGCCGUAUCAGUGUCCUAUCUGUGAGCACAUAGCUUCAGACAGCAAGGACCUGGAGAGCCAUAUGAUCCACCACUGCAAAGCCAGGAUGUACCAGUGCAAGCAAUGCCAGGUUGCCUUUCACUACAAGAGCCAAUUGAGGAAUCAUGAAAGGGAACAUCAUAGCUGCAGCAGUGACACAGAAGCUCUCACAGGUGUUACGGAAAGCACCGCCACAGUGGAGGAUGCUGAGAGGGAUACAGACGCAGGAUGUGGUCUGCAGAAGGCGUAUAAAUGUGAUGUAUGUGACUACACCAGCUCCACAUACGUAGGGGUCAGAAACCACCGGCGCAUUCACAACUCUGACAAGCCGUAUCGGUGUUGCAGCUGUGACUUCGCCACCACCAAUAUGAACAGUUUAAAGAGCCACAUGAGGAGGCACCCCCAGGAGCACCAGGCUGUGCAGCUGCUAGAGCAGUACAGGUGUUCCCUGUGUGGCUAUGUGUGCAGUCAUCCUCCAUCGCUCAAAUCCCACAUGUGGAAGCAUGCUGGAGACCAGAACUACAACUAUGAGCAAGUUAACCAAGCCAUUAAUGAGGCCAUAUCCCAGAGCAGCCGAGCUCCUCACAAGUUGUCUGCUCUGCUGGAGACGGUGUCAGAGCGACCAAAGGACAUCAAAAAAGGCCCAGUGGAACCGACGACAGCAGCAGCUGACCCGCCUGUGGAAUCGUUAGCAGACCUCCCCACGACCUCUACAGAGCCCUCACAGUGGCCCAGUGGGUCAUCGAGCCCUGAGAGGAAGGACCCGGUCCAGCUGCCUCCUCAGUCCCUCAGCCAGGCCCCUGUCCCGGGUCCCAGCAUGGAGUACUGCGUUCUCUUGUUCUGCUGCUGCAUCUGUGGCUUCGAGUCGACCAACAAAGAGCGACUCAUGGAGCACAUGAAGGAGCACGAAGGGGACAUCAUCAGCAUCAUCCUCAACAAGGAGCAGCAGCAGCAGCAGCAGCACACGGAAGCCCAGCCAGGCCUCCAAACAUCAGAGUGAGAUUUACCCCGUACUUCAGCACUGAGCCUGUGCUUUUACAAUGAUCCACUGCCCUCAAAAAAAAAAAAAUUCACUUUCUCUCUUUACCUCAAGGUGGUGGAUUAUCAAGCUAUAACCAUUUCACACAUACUGCUUCCUAUAGUAGGAAUUGUCAUUUCUCAAAAUGUUCUCUGGCAGGCUCGGUUGUUGUGUUAGGCUGCAGUGACUACUGUCCAGCACUGACACCGUGACUGGGUGAGACGUGAAACAUUUCAAAUCCUUUUAAAGGAAUUUUGAACAAUGUGCUUCUGUGUUGAAGAGUGACUUUGAAUAUAAGGGACAAACCUGAGCUCUUACCCAAGUUAGAUCAUUUCUUUUUUUCAGUAUAUAGGGACUAGCUUGUACCUCACUGAACCACACGAAUCCUCAGCAUAAACAUUAGAUUCAGACGUUCACUAUAAGGCAGCUUCUGUUUUGCUACUGUCAAAUUAAAUGUCCAGCCUGGUCAAGGAGGUACACGUGUACAACUCACCAUUGCCUAAAAGUAAGCUUGAGUAUAAUUUCAUAUUUAUCAUUUAAAUUGUUUGCAUGUUUCCGUUAUUCUAUUUUGAAGAGAUAAACAUUUAUUUACUUUUUUUGUUUGUUUGUUUGUUUUGCAUUGAAACAUGAGGAGGAAGUUGUCAUAGGAUGACGUAGAAAUCGGUUGGCAAUGGUGGCGACAGAGGCAUUGGUUCAGCGCAUGUUGAGAUGAAAUCAAAAGGGAAGUUCACAUAGAGCUGUUUUAUUUAAUUAAAUGGUGCCUACGUUUGUGAAAUCAGUGUUGUAUCGACACAUCCGAUUCACUUGUGAUCAUGGUGCUAGUAUCACUUUAAUACUUGUCACUAAAAGUAUAGUGUUUUUUUUCAUAGCCUUUGAUUUAUGUUGUGUAUAUAAUUACACUUUCAUAACUAUUACUCUAUUUUCGUUUGUUUGUUUGUAGUUUUCAGCGCUUUUAAAAUACAAACUUCCUUCUGUCGAUGGACGUGCCUGAAACAGGAAGUCGUUUGGAUGGUGACUUUUCUAGGCAUAGCGGUAUAGCUCCCUGCUCCCAUGUCCUCUUACACUAUAUUUCCUCCAGCUCUGCUAAGAAACCCCUCAAUUUAGCACAACAUGGUGAUGAACAGAAACUGUAAUUAUCAAACACUUCAUGUUUACUGUGAUUGGUCGCAUCACAGUGUGGAGGCUCUUCUUCAUAAAUGCAAGGAUCCAAUAAUGCAUGGUAUAGAAAUACUAAUCACCACAGAGGAACAACCAAAAUAUCAGUCUCACUUUAAUUAACUAACUGCCCAUGUAACAGUGCCAGUCCUUCUAGACGCACAAAAAGAGCUGACGGUUGCACGUUGACGACUACAAAACAAGCAAGAGUUCUGCUGCGGUCAGUCUGAACCGGUAACUGAGCUCUCAGCCGUCUCACUUGUUGCGCCACACCAUACUAUUUCAUCAGUAUGCCGCCCCACUGCCUAUGUCGACACAGACAGAAGCUGAGGAAAUUAAGAUAAAAUGUAAUAUCCAUAAUUCAUGCCCCACCCCCCCGACAUCACACACACACACACACACACACACACACACUCAAACCCAGUGCCUCGUCCAGCUUGCGCAACAUCUUAAAAUUGUGUGCACGUGCGUGUGUGACAGAGCAGAUAAAGCAAAAUUAAAUCUCUAUCGCUAAGACCUCUUACCUGGCCUGGUAUUCUCAUUAUCAUAGCAGAUAAUUAUUGUCUGGCUCCUGAUUUACAAUCCUGUGCAGCAGAAUUAAAGAAGCAUGUGACAGGCAUGCAUUUAAAUGAGGAGUAGGAAUUUACCAUUAGACAUCUACCUUCAGCCCCUGGAUUCAGUCAACACUGCUCCUAGCUACUAGCCUCAUACAUUUGAUUGUAUGAAGAGUUGAAGCUAAUUUUAAGCAAAGACAUUUUCAUGAGCCAAAUCUGCAAUAGCUACGACUUCCAUUGAGCAAAAGGCUAAAGUUAUUGCAGGUUGUGGCCUUCAGUCCUACAUUGUGAACACAGACUUUUCAAGCAUAUUUUUGGUUUCCUUUAUUUAUUUUAGUAAUGGUUUAAAUAAUGGAGGGGACCAGUGGUUUUAGGUGUGAGGAAUAUUUUCUUCAUUCUUUCUAUAUACUGUAUGGGUCCUUUUUUAAAAUUUCAGGGUCUCAUUUAUUGCAUCUUUUGCUUCAUAAUGCGUCUAGAUCCCAGAAAGACCAGCUCAGACUCUUUUAGGAUUUAGUACAGUGUAAUUAGAAAGGUCUAUGAAAUAAUUUCUGUGGAAUAAUUGACAGGUAUGCAAAUUGCCUACACUAUGUGUUAAAGUGCACCGCCAUAACAUAAGAGGUUCUGGCUAGUGAAGUGCCUCUAUUGGCUUAACUGCUAAGGAAUAAAGUGCGGCAGUAACCUGAGUUAGUUUAACUAACUAGUUAGUUUACACCACAGCUACAUAACCUUUAUUUAGCUUUUCUUUUAAGACAUUCUAGCAGAUAGUGCAUUCUUUCUUGGUGUUGAGAUCGGAGCUAAAAUAGCCUUUUCCUACAUUUCACCUAGCGAUGAACUAAAACACAUGGUACUGUAUUGUAUGUAUACAAGUGUACAUAUUGAGAAUGAGUACUGCAGAACCUUAUAACUGACAUUUUUUUAAAAGAUGAAGUAUAUAUUUUUAAUGAACAAGUAGAAAUGACAAACAUAAAAAAAGUUGGAAUUUGAUCUGAUAUAAACAUAGCAGAAUAGUUGUGUGCAUUUAAACCAAAGGAGACUGGGAGGGUUUAACUUGUUAACUCACUCGGUUUUGUGAUAAUAGUUCAACAAGGAUUAGACUCAGACAGCAGGGUGAGGCUCGACUCGUUUAUUUAUUUUUAGAAUGUCAUAAACCGUAUUAUGUAUUAUGUCACUACUUUGCUAUUGUAUUUUUUGGUAAUAAAGACUAAAAUGAC